GAAGUCUUCGAAUCUGUAGCAUUGCAAUCAUACAAAGAAGACCACCAUGAAGAACCCUCUUGUUUCUUCAACUUUGUGCCUCUUGUUGCCUGCGUUUGGCUCUCGGGCGGCUGCUACGUGUCUGCAUGAUGAUUCGUUGGAAGCACGCCGCUUGGGAAGCUGCGACGGAUUCAGCGUCGGGCCCCUUUCGGGAGGAACCUUGUUUCAGCAGCUGAGUCAGGGAGGCUUGAAUAUUCCGGAUCAGGCAUCAUACAGUUGCACUUUGACCUGUGAUAGUGGUGGUGGAACCACCAACUUCUACCUUGUCUUUGGCUCCAGCGGCUCGCCAUCUUCCACCAAUGCCAAUGUGAAAAGUGAAGGCUCUUGCAAUGCCGUGGUUACUGGAACGAACCCCAAUGGUGACGUGACGUAUGUAAGAUACACCCUCAGUAUCACGGGAGGAUAUUCCAAUUUUAUGAUUUCUUGCACCUGCGACAGUGGCAGCAGUGAUGGCGAUGACGACAAUGAUGGACCGCCGGGUGGGGCUGAUUUGCAUGUAUGUCCCAGUCCGGAAGUCGACUGA